CCGGUGUGUGUCGGUUCGCCUCCUCUCUCAGUGCUCGGGCUCAGCGGACGGAUCAAGAUGUCGGACCCCUGCUCCUUCUCCUCCUUCUCCUCCUGCCUCACCAAACACCUCAACCUGCUGCUGCACGUGGACUUCGACAGGCACGUGAUCAGAGGGAAGGUGCAGCUGACCGUGGAGGCUCUGGAGGACCGCUUCUCUGUUCUGACUUUGGACACCAGAGACCUGAGCGUCUCCUCGGUGACUGUCAACCAGCAGCCGGCCGGCUUCACUCUGGGCUCCAAGCACAGCUUCAAGGGGACCCCGCUGGAAAUCACCCUGCCCUCGCACCUCUCCAGGGGCCAGCAGGUCAUCGUGGAAGUGGCCUAUGAGACGUCUCCAUCUGCGUCGGCGCUGCAGUGGCUCACGCCUGAGCAGACUGCUGGGAAGAAACAGCCAUACCUGUUCAGCCAGUGCCAGGCUCAUCACUGCAGGAGCAUGGUACCCUGCCAGGACACCCCCUCCAUCAAACACACCUACUACGCUCAGGUGUCCGUCCCAAAGGACCUGGUGGCGGUGAUGAGCGCCGUGCGAGACGGACAGGAAGUGGACCCUCAGGACAGCGGUCGGAUCAUCUACAGGUUCAGACAGCCGGUUGCCAUGCCGUCCUACCUGAUAGCCAUUGUGGUGGGAGCACUGGAGAGCAGGGAAAUCGGCCCCAGGUCCAGAGUCUGGUCUGAGAAGGAGUUUGUGGAUAAAGCAGCGUUUGAGUUUGCUGAGACGGAGACCAUGCUGAAGACGGCGGAGGACCUGGCUGGACCGUACGUGUGGGGCCAGUACGACAUCCUGGUUCUGCCUCCAUCCUUCCCCUACGGCGGCAUGGAGAACCCCUGCCUCACCUUCGCCACGCCCACUCUGCUGGCUGGAGAUAGAUCCCUGUCUGGAGUGAUCGCUCAUGAGAUCUCCCACAGCUGGACCGGGAACCUGGUGACCAACAGGACCUGGGAACAUUUCUGGCUGAACGAGGGUCACACGGUCUACCUGGAGAGGAUGAUUGGCAGGUGUAUGGAGGGGGAGAUGUUCAGGCAGUUUAAAGCCCGGGGGGGCUGGAAGGACCUGCAGGACUCGGUAAACACCUUCGGAGCAGACAACCCUCUGACCAACCUGGUCCCCAGCCUUCAGGAGGUGGAUCCUGAUGAUGCCUUCUCCUCGGUGCCCUAUGAGAAGGGCUUCGCUCUGCUCUACCACCUGGAGGAGCUGCUGGGAGGGCCAGAGGUGUUCAUGGGGUUCAUAAAGUCGUACAUCCAGCGUUUCGCCUACAGCAGCGUUUCCACGGACGACUGGAAGAACUACCUCUUCUUCUACUUUAAAGACAAGGUGGACGUCCUGAACAAGGUGGACUGGAACGCCUGGAUGUUCACCCCUGGGAUGCCCCCGGUCCAGCCGCAGUAUGACUCCACUCUGGCUGACGCCUGCAUCGCUCUGAGUCAGCGCUGGAUCAAGGCCACAGAACAGGACCUGUGCGGCUUCAGCGAGUCGGAGGUGAAGAACCUGUCGUCCCACCAGGUGAUCGAGUUCCUGUCGCUGCUGCUGCAGGAGGAGCCGCUUCCUCUGACUCAUGUGAAGAAGAUGCAGGACGUUUAUAACCUCAACGCUUCGACCAACUCAGAGAUCCGCUUCAGGUGGCUGAGACUGUGCGUUCGCUCAAAGUGGGAGGAGGCGGUUCCCCUGGCGCUGAAGAUGGCGACGCAGCAGGGCAGGAUGAAGUUCACCCGGCCACUCUUCAGGGAAGUUUUUACCUUCGAGAAGUACCGGGAAGAAGCCGUCCGAGUGUUCGUCGCUCACCGAGCCGCCAUGCAUCCCGUCACCUCUGGACUGGUCGGAAAGGACCUGAAGGUGGACGCCAGCGGUCACUGAGAGCAGGAACCCGGUCUGAACCGGCAGAACCGGGUCCGUUUCUGUCAGGUCAAAAUGUUUGUAUUAAAAGCCAAACUGUGAGCUGAAA